CUAAUACACCGUCCAUAUUGACGUAAGCUUGUAGGUACGCAUAAUAUCAUAUCGUGAAUAUCAGGCUACUCCUUCUUAUUAAGCAAGGAAGCAGAUACACUAAAUGCUCCAACCUAUUUGCUGUGUCUUCCAUGCUUAAGCUUUUUAUCCCUCACGCAGUUCACGUUGUUCCUUUUUAACGUUUUGUCGUCCCGCCUUUGUAACCGAAUACGUACCUAGUAGGUUUAAAUGUACUAAUACGGAUUACGCCAUAUCUAAGGUACCCCACCACAGGCAUCUGAUCCCGGUACGUCGGCGGCUAUAUUCAAUUCUUUCUUUCGCCGGUCUCGCCGUUCAUCGUGCGAAAGCAUAGUCCAAUUGAUUUCGCAUGAAGGUAUGCCCGUCCCAGAUUCAUCUUCUGUAGAAGGUUCCCGGAAGCCGUUAGAUCGGCAGAAGCAAGAGGGACCCGAGGAAACCGUUGAUCUUCCGUCUUUUUAUUCUCCGCGAUCUCGGCCGACCCGGGAAAAUGAAGGUUCCCUCGUCACAAGAUUAGAUCGCGACGAAUUAUCUCUCUCCUCCGCCGCCCGCCUAUCUACUUCUUCACCUCCGACCCCUUCAACUUCCACGAGCGAUGCAACUCAACCACCUCCGCCCUCCUCGUUACUCUCUCCCGCCUUCACUCCUCCCGCUACCCCCGGUACCGUGACACCCACUCCAUUAGCCGAACGACAGCCUCGAGGUGUCCCCGUAGAUUCUUCCAUCCCAUCCGGCGGCUGCGGUACCAAACGGCCUAAAUUACUCGAAACCCUACCUGAAGUCCAAUGCAUUGUACGCGCUCGCAUUCCCACCGUUGCCGGAACGGAGAUGUUUUUACAUCUAUACACCAACAAUGCCGAUAACAAAGAACAUCUUGCAAUCGUGUUCGGCCCGCAUAUCAGAAGCCAGUCACUUGAUGCGCCGAGGGAAGGGGAGACAGAGAUGGAUCGAAUGGUAAGGGGCGCAUAUACUGGUCGCCUUUACCCUGGACGGACGAAGAGCGGGAUGGCAAGUGGUGCGUCAUCUGCUGCGGACGAACCGGUAGCAGUUCCUAAUGGCCCUCCGCUUGUUCGAAUACAUUCGGAAUGUUACACUGGCGAGACGGCGUGGUCUGCACGAUGCGAUUGCGGGGAGCAGUUAGACGAGGCGGCACGUCUCAUGUCGCUACCUAGCGCCGUGAACGGAGGCAUUGUCAUCUAUCUGCGACAAGAAGGUCGUGGCAUUGGGCUCGGCGAGAAACUGAAAGCAUAUAAUCUACAGGAUCUGGGAUCUGACACGGUGGAAGCGAACUUGCUACUGCGACACCCAGCAGAUGCGCGUAGUUAUGGGCUUGCGACGGCGAUGCUGCUCGACCUAGGACAGAGCGAGAUCCGCUUACUAACGAACAAUCCAGAUAAAAUUCGGGCGGUCGAGGGUCCGAAUAGGGAAGUGAGAGUGACAGAGCGCGUGGCGAUGGUACCGCUGAGUUGGAAAGGUAAAGGGGGAUUCAGGAGUCGGGAGGUGGAGGGGUACUUAAAGACUAAGAUUGAAAAGAUGGGGCAUAUGCUUGAUAUGGGAGGGUUACCUCCCUGAUAAUCACGUACACAGACAUAUCAGAGGUUCUCUCAAAAGGUGGUCGAGUAGAAUGCGCGUGGUGUCUAUAUCUUACACCACCCCUACGGCAAUAGAAAGAUACUUAGAUUCUCAACAUCGGGCGGGACAUUGAUUUCUUGCCAGAUAGAAUUAUAUACGGAACCAAAUUUCGUACUCCUGUCAGUAACAUCAGUAACGUACAUAUAUUUACAAUAUUAUCUAAGUUUACAUGUUUAACCUAGACAAC